CUCGACCCAUUUGGCCGCAAUAAGCUACCCGAGGAUGGGGUUGGUUUAGGGCCCAUAUUAUUCAUAUCCCUACGCCUGCAGAUGCUGUGUCGCGGCGCGGGCCACCUGGGCAGGGUGUAGUAGAAAAGGUCGCGUUCUGCUGCAGCGUUUUGCCGAUCUCAAGAACUCCUUUCGUUUCUUCUCCGAACCUUCUUGCUUUCCCCAUAGACGACUUCAUUUUAGACGCCUAGAGAGUGGGCUUGCUGGACACAAUGGCUCCCGUUGGUGGAUCGGGUCACGACAUGGAGGCAGCCGCUAUGGCUCGCCGCAAAGCUCUCGCUACGCCUGCCGGUCCGAUGGCGCUGCUCAAGAACUUGAAGGUCUUCGGAAUUGCGUGCUUUGCUUGCUUGGGUGGUCUGUUGUAUGGUUACAACCAGGGUGUCUUCUCUGGUGUCCUGGUUAUGACCUCUUUCAAAGAGCACAUGGGAGACUACAUCACCAACCAAGAAACCCUGGAGUGGAACUCCUCGAAGCAGGGCUGGCUCGUCUCUAUUCUCGAACUCGGUGCAUGGUUCGGUACUAUGUACUCUGGUUUCCUGGCUGAGAUUCUCUCCCGAAAAUACGCCAUCCUCGUCAAUGUCGCCGUGUUCAUCAUCGGAGUCGUUAUUCAAACAACCGCCAUCUCCGCGGGCCAUGAUUCAAUUCUCGCCGGUCGAUUUAUCACUGGUAUGGGCGUCGGUUCGCUCUCCAUGAUUGUGCCCAUGUACAACGCCGAGAUUGCUCCUCCUGAGGUGCGUGGUGCGCUUGUUGGUCUCCAGCAGCUUUCCAUCACUCUCGGUAUCAUGAUCAGUUUCUGGAUCGACUACGGCACGAACUACAUCGGCGGUACCGGCCGCUCCCAAAAGGAAGCCGCCUGGCUCCUACCUCUCUGCCUGCAACUUGUACCCGCAGUCUUCCUUGGCGUCGGUAUGGUCUUCAUGCCCUUCUCCCCGCGUUGGCUUGUCCACCACGACCGCGAACCCGAAGCGCGCCACGUGCUCUCGAAACUGCGCGGCUUAGGCGACGACCAUGAACUCAUCGAGCUCGAAUUCGCCGAGAUCAAAGCUCAAUCGCUUUUCGAGAAGAAGACGCUGCGGGAGAACUUCCCGCAUCUGCAGGACAUGUCUGCGUGGUCGACCUUCAAGCUCCAGUGGGUCGCUAUCGGCAGCCUGUUCACGACGAAGGCCAUGUUCAAGCGCGUUAUUGUCGCUACCGUGACUAUGUUCUUCCAGCAGUGGACGGGAAUCAACGCGGUGCUGUACUACGCGCCCACUAUCUUCGGAAAGCUUGGUCUCUCGAGCAAUUCCGUCUCUCUGCUGGCUACGGGCGUGGUCGGUAUUGCCAUGUUUCUCGCAACGAUUCCGGCCGUCAUGUACGUUGAUAGCUGGGGACGGAAGCCGACGCUUAUCAUUGGUGCCAUUGGCAUGGCGGUGUGCCACAUGAUUAUUGCUGUCAUCACCGCGAAGAACCAGGACGACUGGGAACAUCAUACCGCUGCUGGUUGGGCUGCCGUCGUCAUGGUGUGGCUCUUCGUCGUCCAUUUCGGUUACUCCUGGGGUCCUUGCGCCUGGAUCGUCAUCUCGGAGAUCUGGCCGCUAUCGAACCGUCCGUAUGGCAUUGCCCUAGGUGCUUCAUCCAACUGGAUGAACAACUUCAUCGUCGGCCAAGUCACCCCCGACAUGCUCGAAACCAUGACCUACGGCACCUACAUCUUCUUCGGCCUGCUUACCUUCGGUGGCGCCGCCUUCAUCUGGCUCGUGUUCCCCGAGACCAAGGGCCUGUCCCUCGAGGAAAUGGAUAUCCUGUUCGGCUCUGUGGGCGUGGCGGCUCGCGAGAAGGAGAGGUGGGCUGAGGUGCACGCGGAGGUUGGGCUUACGGAGUUGCUGUCCCGGCUCGGUGUUACGCAGACUCCGAGUGGCGAGAUCACGGAGGAGAAGCCGGUUGUCAAGGAAGACACGAAGCCGGAGCUUGUGUAAAUAGGUUGUUGAUGAGUGGUGCACAUGAGAUCAUGUGAGGAUGCAUAUGGAAGCUGAUGGUGCCUGAAGGCGGUAGUUCGUCGUUCACUGGAUUGCUGCAGGUCUUUCGUUUAGCUCUAUCUUCGG